AGCUCGUCUCCCCUCCACAUCUCAACGGCAGCUUCGCCGAGCUGCAAACCCCAAACCCGUGACCGCCGCACACAAGCAAGUGCGCAAAGAUGCCAAGAGAAAUCAUAACCAUCCAGGCCGGCCAGUGCGGCAACAGCAUCGGCAGUCAGUUCUGGCAACAGCUGUGCCAGGAGCACGGUAUCAACGAGAAUGGCAAUCUCGAGGACUUUGCGACAGAGGGCGGCGACCGCAAGGACGUCUUCUUCUAUCAAAGUGACGAUACGCGAUAUAUCCCACGGGCCAUCUUGAUCGACCUCGAGCCUCGCGUCAUCAACGGCAUCCAAAGCAGCCAGUACAAGAACAUCUACAACCCAGAAAACUUCUACAUUGGAAAGAGCGGCAUAGGAGCCGGAAACAACUGGGGUGAUGGCUACCAGACUGGCGAGGCUGUGCACGAGGAGAUCAUGGACAUGAUAGACAGAGAGGCGGAUGGCAGUGACUCCCUAGAGGGCUUCAUGCUUCUCCACUCCAUCGCAGGUGGUACUGGUUCAGGUCUGGGUUCGUUUCUCCUUGAGCGGAUGAAUGAUCGCUUCCCCAAGAAGAUUAUUCAGACGUAUUCGGUCUUUCCCGACACCACAAACUCUGGUGACAUCGUGGUCCACCCUUACAACAGUCUUCUCUCCAUGCGGCGGCUCACGCAGAAUGCCGACUCGGUAGUUGUUCUUGACAACGGAGCCCUCAAUCACAUUGCAGCCGACAGGCUACAUAUACAGGAACCAUCAUUCUCGCAGACGAACCAGCUGGUCUCCACGGUCAUGUCGGCAAGCACGACUACAUUGCGGUAUCCCGGUUACAUGCACAAUGAUCUCGUCAGCAUCUUGGCUUCGCUGAUUCCCACGCCGCGGUGCCAUUUCCUGAUGACCGCUUACACGCCUUUCACGGGCGAUCAGGUUGAGCAGGCAAAGACGGUGCGCAAGACGACGGUGCUCGAUGUGAUGCGACGUCUUUUGCAGCCCAAGAACCGAAUGGUGUCUACACAGCCUGGCAAGAAGAGUUGCUACAUCUCAAUUCUCAAUGUCAUCCAAGGCGAAGUGGAUCCUACGGAUGUGCACAAGAGUCUUCUGCGCAUCCGAGAACGGCGACUCGCGACCUUCAUCCCGUGGGGUCCAGCGAGCAUUCAGGUCGCCCUGACAAAACGCAGCCCCUAUGUCCCCAUGAGCCAUCGUGUCAGCGGGCUUAUGCUGGCCAACCACACUAGCAUUGCCACACUCUUCAAACGUAUCGUCCGACAGUAUGAUGGCAUGCGGAAGCGCAACGCCUUCAUGGAGAUUUACAAGAAGACUAACCCGUUCUCGGAGAACUUGCAUGAGUUUGACGAGGCGAGAGAAGUCGUUGGAGACCUCAUUGCUGAGUAUGAAGCAGCAGAGGAUGCCAACUAUCUGAACCCAGAUGAGGGUGACAAGGCAACGUCGGCGGAAACCGACAAACGUGUUGCCUGAGCACAUAGAUUGAUCGGCUCUCACGAUUUUAUGAUUGAUUUUGCUCCAUGGGGAGCAUCAUGGCGGGCAAACUCGCAGGCGUUAGGUGUCGUCUGUUUCUCAUAGUGGCAUUAAGCCUUGAUCUUUGUAAAGAUACCUGAAUGACAAAGAGCAUGCCAGCUCC